AUGUGGACACUAAGGUUGAAUCGAUUCCUUAGAUUCCGAAGGGGAACCUACCUCUUGGUCCCAAUUCUUCCGACCCCCUCCCGAUUCGGGUCUAAUUGCACCCCUCGAUGCCCUACAAGUCAACUCCGGCCUAGCGCACUCUAUCCACCACCGAGGAGACUUAUGUUUGGGCAACCCUCUAUGUGCAACCGCACCCACCCGGUGCCCACCACCUCGCUUGAUAGAGACCCCCAAUCGGUCUUCCCGAAUGUGACCUUAUGCUCGGGAGUAAAUGCGGGUGCUUAUAGUUUGGCUUACUCAAGGAAGCUUGCUCGUUUAGCCCCUCCAUCCUUGCUCGAUGCUAUUGCUGGUUCUACUUACCCCAGUGAUAGAGAAGGGGCUACUGCGAUUGUGGACGAGGGUAAUCAUUCACGAGCUAGCAUGGCUACCGAGCUUGGGCCGAUCGAUGCCAUUGCUUCUAGUUCUCAACUCGAGAGGUUUGACCCCAUGUAUGCUGAGUUUGCUAGAAAUUAUGAUGGUUGGGAAACAAUCGGGAGGAAGGGAAGAGGGCUACAUCGGUCGCCGAAUGACCGACUAGCCACUUCAAUUCUAAAUAACCUAAGGAUUGGUAAACGGAAAGAAAAGGUGAUAGGUGGGGGUGCACCACAUGACAUUGAGGAAAGUCGGGGGACUAGGCGGGCCUUCGAUGCUACCGCUAGCCAUAUUGGCCUAUAUAGACUUGAGAGAUUGGUUGAGAACCCCGACCCGAAAGAAGUAGUUGUUGAGGAAUUGGUUCUUCCUAAUGCUCAUGGGGCUGCCACUCGGACUAGUAGAGGUGAUGGUCAAGCAAGGGUUUCUAUGUGGGUGACCACUAAAAGUGGUGGGGUGAAAACUAGAGGUGGUAGUAGGUGGGUGCCUACCACCAUAAUUCCCGUAUGUUAA